AUGGACGAAAAAUAUGCCAUAGAGGGGGCGGCCUCUAACCCCGACCGACGCCAAGAAGCCUCUUCACACCCAAAUAGCACCAGUGAGAUCCAGGGUAGAUUAUCUUCAGACCAGGAGACGCCAUCCGUAAAGGAAGAAGGUUUUAAGGAUGCACAUUUGGCGCCACAGGCUGGACCCGACGAUGCGACGAGCCCUACACCAGAUGGCACCGAGCAAACACAUCAGGAAUGGAUUGAAGGAUUCCAGCUCUUCGUGGUGAUGGCUGGUAUUACGCUGGUUAUAUUUUUGAUGCUACUGGAUACUUCCAUCGUUGCGACGGCUGUUCCCAAAAUCACAAACCAGUUCCACUCGCUGCAAGAUGUUGCGUGGUAUGGCAGUGCAUAUACACUCGCUAGCUGUGCUCUGCAACCCCUAACAGGCAAAUUCUACACCCAUUUCAAGUCCAAGAUCGUCUUCAUGAGUUUCAUCGCCAUCUUCGAACUUGGAUCACUCAUUUGCGGUGUUUCAACGUCUUCCAAAAUGUUGAUUGUAGGGCGCGCCGUGUCAGGGAUGGGAACUUCAGGCAUGAUCAACGGCGCCUUGACCAUUAUUGCAGGUGCUGUUCCAAUGCACAAAAGACCAGCCCUUAUCGGAAUGCUGAUGGGCUUCACGCAGCUGGGCCUGGUCAUCGGUCCACUGGUCGGAGGUGCUCUCACCACAUACACAACCUGGCGAUGGUGCUUCUAUAUCAACCUCCCAAUCGGCGGGCUAGUAGCCCUUCUCCUCGUCUUCACCCGCAUUCCCGAACAGCGCAAAAAGCCCCCAGCCCUGGAAGUCCUACCCACCUUCUACAAAACAUUCGACCUUGUCGGCUUCGUCCUAUUCGCCCCUGCAGCCAUCAUGUUCCUCCUCGCUCUAGAAUGGGGCGGUAACGAGUAUCCAUGGAACGACUCGCGUAUCAUCGGUCUCUUCUGCGGCGCGGGCGCCACCGCGAUUGUCUUUCUGGGAUGGGAGUACUAUAAAGGCCGCGACGCCAUGAUUCCAUUCCACCUCAUUACCCAGCGCGUGGCGUAUACGAGUUAUGCGAAUGUUGCUGCCCUGUUUGGUUUGACUAUGGUCAUUGCAUAUUAUCUGCCCAUCUAUUUCCAGGCUGUGAAGGAUGAUUCGGCACUUAUUAGCGGUGUGAAUCUCCUUCCGCAGAUUUUGUCGCAGCUUGUUGCUUCGGUUAUUUCUGGUGUUCUCAUCGGAAAACUGGGCUACUACAUUCCCUGGUCCGUCGGCGGUGCAGUCAUUGCCGCCGUCGGUGCCGGUCUGCUCUCAACUCUCACACCUAGAACUUCCACAGCCGCAUGGGCAGGCUUCCAGAUCCUGGUCGGUCUCGGCCGCGGCUGUGCAACACAAGCACCCAUGCUCGCCGUCCAAAACGGAAUCGCACCAGACGACCUCUCCACCGGAAUGGCCAUUCUUACGUUCUGCCAAACAUUCGGCGGAUCCGUAUUUCUGGCCGUGGCCAAUGUGAUUUUCAGCGAAGGGCUGAAGAGCCAGAUCCCGCGGUAUGCGCCCAAUGUGCAUCCUGACGUGGUGAUUGCAGCUGGGGCGACGGGUUUCAGGCAGACCGUCAGCGGUGAUGACCUGCAGGGUGUGUUGAAGGGGUACGCGAGGGCUGUGGGGUGGGUGUUUUAUCUUGUUGCCGCGCUUUGUGUUGUUACGUUUGCGUCUGGGUGGGGGAUGGGAUGGGUGGAUUUGAGGAAGAAGAAGGGGGAUGGCGAUGUUAAGGCGAGUGAUAAUGGGAAGGUGAAGGAUGAAGAGAAGGGGGAGGCUUCCGUUUGA